AUUUGGUCGAAAACCAUGUUUUUUCUCUUGUUUAUUAUUGCUGAUUCUCGUUGUAUUCAUCACGGCAUGUGCUCCAGUAUACGCUGUGUUUGCUGUGGGUCAGUUUUUCAUUGGGUUUCUAUCAGUUGGACUAUUUACCGUUGCAUUUGUUCUCGGUUUAGAGCUGGUUGGACCUGGUAAGCGUGACCUUGCUGGUAUGGUUAUACUCAUUUUCUAUGCAUGUGGAUACAUGAUGUUAGCUGUCUUCUCAAAAGCAGUCAACGGCAACUGGCGUCAGCUUGAGCUAUUAAUAGCAAUUCUUUACAUUCCGUUUUUCUCGUACUAUUGGCUAGUUCCCGAGUCUGUUCGAUGGUUGAUGCAGCAGGGAAGAUACCAACACGCAGAAAACAUUCUUCAAAAAGCUGCGAAAAUGAAUAAAGUUACAUUACCUGAAAAUAUUUUUGAGGAAGAAAAAAAGGCUCAAGAUACACUUCGGGAGGAACAAGAAAAAGGACAA